CCCAACCUAGAACUUUAGCGACGGUUUUCAAAUACCACGGUCAUGAUUGAUUUGAACAUUUCAUGUAUUUUUGGUAGGCUAUUCGCAUGACGUUUUUGGCGCACAUCGCAUAGGAAGCACGACCCACUUCAUGUCCUCAAAACUCUGAUCGCGAUGGAUUUAUGUUGCGACUUUUUUGAUCAAUAAACCACGAGCAGGCUGUAGUACCUUCUGUUGUACUUAGAUCUAUGGCUGUUAUUGUCGAUUCUGUACAUUACUCAAACGAUCGUGUACAUUAGCUUUUGCCACUCAAACGUUGAUUUGAUGAGGAGUUUCUUGUACAUAUUCGGGAUCGAGUAGGAGUUUCGAAGCACUUGUUGUACAACCAUGGGUGCACUCGGCGGUGCCGAGUCAGCCAGCGGGUCUUCCGGCGUGGUGACCGCUGUUGUAGCGACGACCACUGUCGCAGUAGCUGGACUUAUCUUCAAUCGGGAAACCGUUCAGUUUUCUCUGCUUCCGCAUCUUGUGGCACUGGAGCGGCAGAUUUUAAGUACAGGAAGUGGUGGCGAUCCAGAGAAAGAUGCAAGAAGCAAGGAUGGUGGCGCACCGGUUAAAUUGGAGGCAGGAGGCUCAUCUUCGUCGACGUCGGGUUCUAGUAAUGGACCACGGUCAAGAAGUCCUGACCGUACCAGACAACAGCAAAAGGCUAAUCAGACAACAGCGCAAAUAACACGAGCCGAAGCUGUGGAGCAAUUUCAAAAGGCAGUGGGCGUUGUACCCCGCCUUUUAGAAUCACUGGAAGUAUCGUCGCAGAGCUUGCGGCUGCUGUACGGCCUUUUUAAGACUGCGGAAGGAGACGCGGAUGGCUUUGCCAAGUCUGCCGCAAUGGAGAGAGCUGAUAUCGCGUCUCUCUUCGACGAAAGCGAGGCUUCCGGAAACAUAAGACUAGACCCUUUCCAGCGUCGCGAGGAAAUGUGUUUCUCGCUUCUACGAGCUGUGGGUCGGAGUGGAGUGUAUCUUGCACGAGGAGCGACGCCACGGCCCGGAUCUGACAAGGACUCUCAUAUGACCGCGCCUUCACGGACGGAUUUAUGCUUGAAGGAGAAUGCUCUUCGGUGGUGCAUGAGUUUACUGCGCCAUUCCUGGCAACUCGCACGUGACACUUUUCUGGACACGUUGGUUUUUUCACCGUUUUUCGGCGUCUGUCAGCUUGCUGCGCCACGUUAUUCGGCGGCACUGCAGGUGCGGCGCUAUCUUCGCAAAUUCACAGAUGCUUCGCUAGCAGGAAAAGUCAUGUACGCGGCGCUUGCACAAACUGUGAAGGAGGUGGUAGCACAUGAGGACGAACACUCGGAAGGGGGCGCAGCCGCCUUGCCUCGAUUCCUGGUUGCACCGACCUGGCUUCCAUGGACGAUGGAUCUGCGAUGUGUUCCUCGAGGUGGAUUAAAGCUUUUGGUGAAGAGUGUGCAAUUUGCACUGGCUACGAAACGACAACUCGCAGAUUUCAGACAACACGGCUGGCGAAGGAUCCUAGAUGCCGUCCCAGACCGGCCGCCGACUUCUGUGGUCGAGCCACAAGCUGUGCCAGCUUUGACGGAAGAGCAAGAGGCUGUACUUUUCCGUGCAGUGCUAGGUCCUUGGCUUUAUCCAGCCUCAUGCACUAAAGGAAACGCGAGAAACAGCUCGUCUUUAGUCACACAAGAUCGAGAUCAUCUGGUUGAUGCAGUUGGAACUGGGACAGCACCAGACGAGAUCAGCUUCGAGGAAAAAUCGAUGAUCGAGAAUUUCGCUCGCGAGCUGACGUGGUUGACUCUGGGAAAGGAGCUCGCACAGGUGUCACCAACCAAUGCGGCAGAAGCUGAGGCGUCGCUGGAGCAGAUCGCAGCCGCACUGGCAAAACUCGCUGCAGCAGCGAGCGACGAGAACGGCAGGGCGAGAGAUGGCACUGCACUUAUUCCAGUGACGACAGAAGAGUGGUUUGAAAACGUAGCAGACUGUGCUUCUGCGCAAAGCCGUGCUUCAGCUGAGACCGUUGUCCAGGCUACAUUGCUCCGACAAUUUCCAUUGCUUUUGCUGUGCGCUGACGAGGACGACAUGACUUGCUUGCACUGGUACUGUGACGCAGGAUACCUGGCUGGUGUGGCUGCGGCGAUGGAUGCAGUUGCCGCCCUGGUUCGCCUUGUCUUCGAAAAGCCAGAACAGAUAGCGCUUCCGGCAGCACUCGAAGGUGAGACUAAAGGCACACCUUUUGUCUUCUGCGACAACGUCGCUUCACCAUCUUGCUAUGCAACCCCUAUAUGUGAAUUUGUAUGUAUCGUUCAUUUGCACAAGAAAAACGCUAGGGUUACUCUCUCGCGCAUUUCUUCGAAUUUGUGACUUUCGCUUGAUACUAGUCACGACGUGGCAGACCCGCUGUGAGCGACAUCGCGCGUUGUGCAGUCGGCUGCUUCAGCGAUGGCUGCACGAUUUAAACCGAGCCUCGCCUCGCCUAAGCCUAGUGUCGCCUAAUUGGUGACCGCACCACUUGGGGCCCGUCUCGCUCAAAUGGUGACCAAACCGCCCAGCGUGAGGUCGGCGCAAAUGAUGGGCUCCACACCCCCGCUGGGCGUCGCUUAAGUGGUGACUGCACUAAUCAGGCCCGCACUCGCUUAAGCGACGGCUUCAAUAGUGUAGCCCAUACCCGCUUAACUGAAGACUUCACUACUGGAGCCCGCACUUGCUCAAGCUGUGACUGCACUAAUCAAACCCACGCUGGCUUGAGUGAUAGCUCCACUACUUAAGCCCCCACUCGCUUAAGUGGUGACCUUACUACUCAGGCCCGCACGUGCCCAAGUCGUGACUACACUAUUUACGCCCGCACUCGCUUAAGUGGUGGCGGCACUACUUAAGGCCGGGGUCGCUUAAGCGGUGCCGGGUCAGCCCUUUGCCUUAACGGUCCCGCCAAACACUUCAGGGGCCAUGGGCUUAGCGGUUUCGCGGAACACUUAAGGGCCUGUGGCCUUAACGGUUCCGCGAAACCGUUAAGGCCAUGGGCCCUUAAGUGCUUCGCGAAGCCGCUUUUGGCGCAUGUCCUUAUCGGUUUCGCGAAACACUUAAGGGCCCAUGGCCUUAACGGUUUCGCGAAACCGUUAAGGCCAUGGGCCCUUAAGUGCUUCGCGAAGCCGCUUUUGGCGCAUGUCCUUAUCGGUUUCGCGAAGCACUUAAGGGCCCAUGGCCUUAACGGUUUCGCGGAACCGUUAAGGGAGCCUUAUCUUAAGGGCUUCGCGAAACCGUUAACGGAGCCUGGGCUUACCGGUUUCGCGAAACACUUACAGGGCAAUGGGCUUAGCGGUUGCGCGAAAUACUCAAGCCCCAUGCCCUUAACGGUUUCGUCAAAGGAGCCUUGUCUUAAUUGCUUCGCGAAACCGUUAACGGAGCCUUUUCUUAUUUAUCGGCUUCGCGAAACACUUGAAGGGCCAUUGGCUUAACGGUUUCGCGAAGUACUUAAGGGCCCAUGGCCUCAGCGGUUUCGCGAAACCUUUAAGGGAGCCUUGUCUUAAGUGCUUCGCGAAACCGUUAACGGAGCCUGGCCUUAACGGUUUCGAGAAACACGUAAGGGGUCAUGAAGUUAACGGCUUCGCGAAACACUUAGGGGCCCAUGGGCGUCGGGGAGCCUUGUCUCAAGUGCUUCGCGAAACCGUUAACGGAGCCUGGUGUUAACGGUUUCGAGAAACUUUUAACGGGGCCUGGCCCUAACGGUUUCGCGAAACCCUUGCGGGCCCAUGGCCUUAACGGUUUCGCGAACCCGUUAACGGGGCUUGGUCUUAACGGUUUCGCGAAACACUUAUGGCGCCAUCGCCUCAGCGGUUUCGCGAAACACUUAAGGGACCAACUUCGCCUUAGCGAUUUUGCGAAACACGUCAGGGGCUAUCUUCGCUUUAGCGAUUUCCCGGUCUCCGUUUAACUUUGAGUGUUGCGCGGGUGAGACACUUAAUCCUGGGCCCCAACGACUUUAGCUGCUCAGCGCCGGCGUGUCGGUGUAGUCUAUAAUUGUCCGCAAGAAAUUCCACUUUGCACCACAUCAAUACUUACAGGUGACUCAUCUGCUGAGCCUGACGGACAGUUACGAAGAUUGUGGAAUGAGUUGGUGGCCUGCGCAAUGCAGUCUGCGAAGAAAAAGGAUGUAGAGGCUCUGGUGUUAAGGCACGUUCUUAGUGCACAGGACAGUAACCAGUUGAAUACGCCGCUUCAUUUCGCUUUGGAAUGCGAGCAUGAAGAGAUAUCCUCUCUCCUUCUAGAACGAGCAGCUGGUAUGUUGGACUAUGGACUAAAAAACUCAGAUGGCAUAGCCCUUAAAGAAAUGCUCCCCGCACAAUGAUGCAGAGACUAGACUGCACUUCGUUUCAAUAUCCAUUGCCAUGAAAAAUGUAUAAGAAGAAAUAGCUGUACUCUCGUUUUCUUGUCGUGGUCAACGCAACACGCGCGACCGUGAUGCUACC